AUGUCUAUUUGUGGACAGAAGAUCACAGAUGAAGCUCCUGAGAUCAUGUUGCUGACAGAUCCAGAGGUGGAGAGCAGUUUGCUCAUCAGCUCAGAUGAAGGCGCAACCUAUCAAAAAUAUCGCCUCAACUUCUACAUCCUCAGCCUGUUGUUUCACCCUGAGCAGGAGGACUGGAUCCUUGCCUAUGGCCAUGACCAGAAGCUCUACAGCUCUGUUGAGUUUGGCCGUCGAUGGCAGCUCGUUCACGAACAGGUGGCACCCAAUCGAUUCUACUGGUCUAAACUGGGCCUUGAUAAAGAGCCAGGCCUGAUUCACCUUGAGACCAGCAUCUCAGAAACCCAGGCUCUUUAUAUCACAUGCAAGCUUCAGAACUGCACAGAUGCCAACAAGGGCAAACCUUUUCCUGGAUACAUCGACCCCAACUCCUUGGUGGUUCAAGAUGAGUAUGUGUUUGUUCAGGUGUCAACCGGUGGCCGGCCAAUCUACUACGUGUCAUCCAGGCGAGAUGUGUUUACACCCAUGAAGCUUCCCAAAUACACCCUUCCAAAGGAUCUGCAUGUGAUCAGUACAGAUGAGAACCGGGUCGUGGCGGCAGUUCAAGAGUGGAACCAGAAUGACACUUACAACCUGUAUGUGUCAGAGGCUGGAGGCAUUUACUACACGCUGGCUUUGGAGAACGUCAUGAGCAGUAUGGGACCAGAGGGAAAUGUCAUGAUAGAUCUAUAUGAGGUGGCAGGAAUAAAAGGCAUGUUCUUGGCCAAUAAGAAGCUAAAUAAUGAGGUGAAGACAUACAUAACCUAUAACAAAGGCCGCGACUGGAGGCUCCUGCAGGCUCCCUCAGCUGAUCUCAGAGGAAACCGAAUCCAUUGCAUGCUGCCGUACUGUUCUCUGCAUCUUCACCUGCAAGUGUCUGCAAACCCGUACACAUCUGGAAAUAUAGCCAGCAGAGAGUCGGCCCCUGGAAUCAUAGUGGCAUCAGGUUCAAUUGGCGCAGAGUUAACGAGCAGCAAUGUUAGCAUGUUCAUCACAUCCGACGCUGGAAACACGUGGCGGCAGAUAUUUGACGAAGAGUACAGUGUGCUGUAUCUGGAUCAAGGCGGAGCUUUAGUGGCAAUUAGACACACCCCUCUUCCCAUCAGGCACCUCUGGUUGAGCUUUGAUGAGGGGAGGGUAUGGAACAAAUACAGUUUCACUUCAUCGCCCCUGUUCGUGGACGGCGUCUUGGGCGAACCAGGCGAGGAAACGCUCAUAAUGACGAUCUUCGGUCAUGUCAGUCACCGCUCAGAAUGGCAGCUGGUAAAGAUAGACUUCAGAUCUAUCUUUAACAGAAGAUGCAUCGAGUCUGACUAUGUGCCGUGGGAUUUACAUGACCAGGGUGAACGCUGCCUCAUGGGAGUCAAAAGAGUUUACCGAAAGCUGAAGCCCAUAGCAAGGUGUGUUAUGGGUAAAAUCUACUCUGUCACAACGAUUUCCGAGCCAUGUGACUGCACUGAGUCGGACUUUGAGUGUGAUUAUGGCUUCGAGAGAAGGGCUAAUGGGAAAUGUACUCCGGCAUUCUGGUUCCUCCCCUCCUCCAUGUCUCGGACCUGUACUACAGAACACACGUUCCUCAACAGCACUGGGUACAGAAAGGUGGUGUCUAAUAACUGCACCGGAGGGGUGAUGGAGCAGUACACGGCUCGUAGGCAGCUAUGCCCUAGCCAGGCCCCUCGCGGCCUCCACUUAGUGACCAGCGAAGGGAAGCUAACGGCGACUCUUGCCAGCAACGUCACCUUCCUUGUCUUCCUGGAGGAGGGUGAUGGAUCGAAAACCAGCAUAAUGGUGGAUUUCGGCGACGGAAACGCUUUCACCUACUCCAACGUGAGCUCUAUCGAGGAUGGCAUUAAACACAUCUACAAGAACGUGGGAAUCUACCGAGUGUCAGCCACGGCGGAGAACAGUCUGGGCUCUGAAACGGUGCUCCUCUUCCUACAUAUUACGUGCCAACUGCAGUCUAUUCAUCUCUCUGCCCCUUUUGUCGCUGUGAAAAAUAAAGAAGUCAAUCUGACGGUGGUUCUCUCGCCAAGCCAGGUGGGAACGGUCACCUAUAUCUGGUGGUUUGGGAACAAUUCAGAGCCCGUGAUCACGCUGGAGGGGAGUGUGGCGUUCACGUUCUCUCGAGAGGGAAUCAGUGUUGUCACUGUACAGGUGUCCGCUGGGAAUACCAUCCUGCAAGACAGGAAAACCAUCGCUGUCCACGAAUACUUCAGAUCUCAUCUUCUUGCCUUUUCGUCUAAUCUGGAUGAUCACAACCCUGAUGUGACUGAAUGGAGGCUUGAUGUGAGUCGAGUCAUUAAAACCUCUAUGUUGCAGGCGGCAGGAGUGAAUUCAGAGCAGCUGUUGGUCACUGUGUUGCCUGGACUGCCAACAGCGGCCGAGUUCUUUCUGUUACCAGACAUACGGCUGACAGAGGGUAAACCAGACAAAACAGCUACCCAUUUAGACCAGCUCUCAGAACUGGUUCUCAGUGCUCUGAAUCAGAAUCUGGUUCAGUUCACACUCAGACCAGGAGUCCAGAUCACAGUAUACGCUGCCCAUUUAUCAGCAGCGCCUCUAGUGGACACAAGUGAGAAUCACAGUGGCUCAGCUAUGCUCAUGCUCCUGUCUGUGGUGGUGGCGGGUUUAGCGGUGUUCCUCAUCUAUAAAUUCAAAAGGAAGAUCCCAGGCCUCCACGUCUAUGCAGCGAUGCAGGACGAAAAAGAGCAAGAAAUGAUCCAGAGUCCAGUUUCUCCCACUGACAGCACACCCAGCUUCAGCUCUCAGAGAGAGCUGCUCACAUCACUGGAACCUCUGGACACAGAGCCCAACACCCAGACCAUCGAAUGCAUCAAACCUCAUCCACGUGUCAAAUUCUCAUCAGAUCUUCCUACAUACAUUGACGUUUGAACUCUAGCCUCCGCCAUGUCAAGGACUUUGGUCAUGCGGACACAAAGGUUUCAAGCUUUAUUCAGUACUUGUGCAUGUUGGACAUUAACUUUACUGUGCUCUGUGAAUACUAGAACAAAAUUUGUACAGCUUUUUUAUACAUCUGUGUAUUCAAGAAAACAUUUUUGAUGCUGUUCAUUUAUAAAGAUGCCAGUGUGUACAAAGUCUGAGAAAAAAAAAAAAGACAAUUAUACUUGGUUACCCGUCUGUUUAUUUUUAUUGUAAACAGUGCCAGUACAGUAUUCAUGAGCGUAAAACAGGGAUAUGUGACAUUUUGAAAGUGUUUUAAUAAUAACAUGUAAAAUAAUUAAUGAUUAUUGUAAAAUGAAACAUUUCCUGGGUUUCAUUUUGUAAAACUAUAUCUAGCACAUCUGUACUUUACAUGUAACACAGAAAUGUAGAUUUUACCACUAAUUUUAUGAGUUUCAUGCCUUUAUUCAUGAAACAGGGUUAAUGUUGAAGCUUGUUUAUCUUGUUUUACUUCUCUGCAAUAUCAAAGUAUUUUUUCUUAGUAAAAUAAAAUCUUUGUGUUUCUAUGUAGAAAUAACUGACUGUUGGUUUACAGAUACAUAUCAGUGUCAAGAUCUGCUGCGUAAACUGACUUGAGACGUUAUGGCCAAGCAGAAAAUGAUAAUCGUAUACUGUGUCUAGUGUUUCAUAAACAGUUUUGUAUGGAAUAAUUUAUGUGCACUCACAGAGAGUUACAUGAUUUAUGCUUUCAUUUUGCUUGUUUAUUUGGUAUUUUUUGUGCAUUUAAAUUCAGUCGUAAAGUAAAAAUUAGAUGGUUUCAGCUACUCAAAAAUUGCCAACAAUAUACAGCACAAAACAUAUUGUUGGCACAAACCAUGUUUAUAUGAACCUGCAUUUCAUGUA